UGAAAAUAAUCCCUUUAAAUGAUCUCUUGUUUCUACGCAGCCUACGACAUCUCAACUUUGCCGUGACUUGUUUACGCUCUGAAUGGAAAAUGAAAAGUGACAGGUCAUUUUAGUGAAAUGAAGUUAAAAUUCAAAUAGCUAAUUCAUGUUUUAUGCGUGAUGCAACGCAGGAGCAAUAUGCGUAAUGUAGUAUAUAAACUAUUUUUUUGUAACCUGUGUCAUUUACUCUAGCCUUUUGGUCGUCGGUAGUUGGGUUUCUUACCUGCGUAAAAUAAUUUUUCCUAAUAUUGAAUUUUAUUCUAAUUAAAUUAGAAAUGGAGUUUCCCAAUCUUGGAAGUCACUGCUUUGAAAAAUCGUGCAAUAGAUUAGAUUUUUUACCUGUAAAGUGUGAUGCAUGUUCAAAUGUGUUUUGCUAUGACCAUUUUCAAUACAAUAAACAUUCCUGCAAUAAAGGAUACCAAAAAGAUGUUCAAGUACCAGUCUGUCCAUUAUGUAACUCACCUGUGCCAUCAAAGAGAGGGGAACAGCCUGAUAUUGCUGUUAGCGAGCAUAUUGAUAGAGAUUGUCAGGCUGAUCCAGCAAUUGCAAAAAGAAAAGUUU